AAAGACCUCUAGUGAGGAUCUUUCCAAUAGGAAGACUACAAAAACAUCAAACCGAAUCUAUAAAAAGAACCCCAGUAAAUGAUCACGCAAUCAAACAUUCAAUAAACACUCUCCUAAUUCCUAACCAACAAUACAAAUUCACAACAACAAAAACAGAGAUUCUAAUUUUAAUUUUAAUUGAAGAAAGUGUAAAUCUUUGAUUGAUUUAGGGUUUUUGCCAAAUUAGGUUGAUAAUAUGAGAAAGAGGGAAAGAGAAAACCCAUGUUUGAUUUGUGGGCAUUACCACAAGUAUGAAGAAGGUGAAGUUUGUGGGAUUUGCGGGCAUCGAAUGCCGGAAACUUCUGAUAAAAGUUCCGUUCAAUCGGGUGCUUUUCCUUCUGAGAUCUUGCCUGAUUUUCUCUUUCUGGGUAGUUAUGAUAACGCUUCUAGGUCUGAACUUCUUAAGGCUCAAGGAAUUUCCAGAAUUCUCAAUACCGUUCCUUCUUGUCAGAAUCUCUACAGAAAUUCGUUUAUAUACCAUUCCCUUCAAGAUGACAAAAGCCUACAGUUUGAUGAUGCUAUCCAAUUUUUAGAACAAUGUGAAAGGGAGAAGGGUCGUGUUCUUGUACAUUGCAUGACGGGAAAGAGUAGGUCACCCGCUGUAGUUAUUGCUUACUUGAUGAAAUGCAAAGGCUGGAGGCUUGCACAGAGUUACCAAUGGGUGAAAGAGCGGAGGUCAUCUGUUGAGCUUACUGAAGCUAUUUCGCAGCAAUUGCAAGAGUACGAGCAUAAGGUAUUUGGGUCUAAUGAGAAUACAGUUCCAGCCGAGUCUUUCAGCUUUGGGUUUGCAAAGAAUGAUGCAGUUCCUAUACCAGCUUUCAACACAGGAACUGGUUCCUCUAUCUUUGACCGUCCUUUAGAAGUUCCUACUCAACAAUUUUCCUUUGGAGCUGGUCAGGGUAUGAAUCAAGCCAAUCCCAGUGUCAGUGAUGUUUCAAUGGGUGGUCCUUGAUGCCAGAGCUAGGUUUACCUUUCUAGAAACUUUUUUUUUGUGAUACAAAAGCUUCAUUCAGACAUCAAAUACAUUUUGAUGUGUUACAUUUGCUACCCUUUUUUUGUUGGCGUUGUUUGAUGUCGAAACCUCCUGGUGUAAAGCUUGUGGUUGGUUCACUGAUGCCCUAAUACUAUAUAGAUAUUACCAAUGUCCGAAAAAGGUUAUUUUCAUUCCUUUAACAUUGUGGUGCUUGUAUAUUUAACAUUUGUAUGAUAGUACAUCCAAUUAGUACAAGUAAUGUUAUCCAAAAUAGGUGCUGAUCCCCCAUUUUACGGGGCUAGAGGAGA